AUGGAUCAGAGAAACAAGACCAGAGUCACCGAGUUUAUUCUUCUAGGGUUUCAGAAUGAAAAAGAAGCAGAAAUUCUUCUUUCUUCCACAUUCCUGCUCACGUACAUGACGUCUCUGAUUGGCAACUCCAUGAUCAUCCUUUUGGUGUGUGGUGACUAUCGUCUGCAUUCACCUAUGUAUUUCUUUGUAGCCAAUCUUUCUUUCCUUGAGAUUGCCAUCACCUCCACAGUGGUGCCUAAGACGCUUGCCAACAUAUUUCCCCUCACCAAAGCAAUAUCUUUUGUGGGAUGUCUCACACAGUCUAUCUUCUACUUCCUUCUGAGAUCCACAGAAUUCUUCAUCCUGGCUGUCAUGUCCUUUGAUCGAUAUGUUGCCAUCUGCAACCCACUGAGGUAUGCCAUCAUCAUGAACAAACAGACAUGUAUAUUGUUACUUCUGGGAUCCUAUGUGGGAGCAUUUUUGUCAAUGUUGGCUCCAUCUAUCUUAACUGCACCCAUAAUCUUUUGUGGGCCAAAUAAAAUCCAACAUUUCUUCUGUAACAGAGCCCCCCUGCUAGCACUGGCUUGUACAGAUAUCUCUCUGGCUGAGAUGGCUGACUUUAUUGCCUCUGCUGUUUUGCUCUUGGGCUCCUUGUUCCUGACAGGAAUGUCUUACACCUACAUUGUUAUUACUAUCCUUAGAAUCCCCUCUGUUCAGGGACGGCAGAAAGCAUUCUCUACUUGUGUUUCACACAUCACCGUGGUUACACUUCAUUAUGGAAGCUCCAUCUUCCUCUAUGUUCGCCCAAAAAAGGGCAGCAACAAAUUUGCCACAGUGCUGAAUACCAUUUUAACACCAAUGUUGAACCCUUUCAUCUAUAGCCUUCGAAAUGAGAAAGUCAAAGAAUCCCUGAGAGAUGCCUUCAGUAAAUAUGUAAGUAUGCUAAUAAAUUUAAGACCUCAAAAGUGA